UCUUAACACCCUAUUCCCUAGCUCAGUUUAUUUCCCAUACAUUGGUUUCAUUUCAUUUGACCUGGGUCCAAUAUCUGCAAUCCGUUCAUCUCGUCUGACCAGGGACCAGAUGAAGAUGAUCUGAUGUCUCCAGUGGCACUCAAGCAAACAAAUUUAAAGACAAAUCUGUCAAUGGAUGGAGGCGCUAACCAUUUGGGGCUCAGGGAAGCACAGGAGGUUCCUCAUCUGAAGAACUACAUCUACCUUACCAUCUUCACCUGUUUCUGUCCAGCCUGGCCUGUCAACAUUGUGGCUCUGGUCUUCUCGGUUCUGUCUCAGACCAGUUAUGAUGAGGAGGACUAUGAGGGGUCCAAGAGGCUGGGUAGGAAAGCCCUCCACAUGGCAAUAGUCUCCAUGGUCAUUGGCCUACUGAUCAUCCUGAUAUUCUCUGUAUUGCACUUUACCAAGCAUGCAGUAUGAAUAUCGAAGAAAGGUGAAAGGUAGCAAUUUUCACAAGGGGAGAUCAUCUCCCUCAGUCGGGAAGGAACCUCUCUGAGUACACGAUCAGAACAGAAGAGUCACCAGAGCCGCCGAUCGGGCCUCAUUCCUUCUUUGAUUUGAAACAUGGAUGCCUCUUAUAAAAUUCACAUCAGUUUAUAUUGUAGUGAAAAUAGAAACUUAGCAGUGUUGUUAUAAAACCACAUGCUUUUGUUCUUCUGCUGUUUAUGAAACCAGACACCAGAUGGUUAUUCGACUGGAGAAAAGAAAUCUAUCAAUACAUAAACACAGUCAGUGUUGAGAAUUCAACCCCGUUUCAAAAAGGUUGGGAAGCUGUGUGUAAUGGAAAUACAAAUAGAAUGCAAAGAGGUGC